AUGGUGCGCUCCACAAGGAAGGUGACUGCUUGCGUUGUUUUGGCAGCUGUGCUGGCACGCGGACUCUCCCCAGCUCUGGAUUCGUGCCGGGGCCGCUUCGCGGAACUGCUGCCCCGGUUGGCUCCGGACGGGUUUGCUGACGAGAUCGGUGAUGCUGCCAAGAAGCGCGAUGAUGCGUCCUAUGAUUUUGCGAAGGAAGUAGACUGGAACAACGGUAUCCUUUUGCCGCCCCCCGGCAAGUUCCAACCCCUCCAGGCCCUGAAGGCAAUUCACAAGAUGAUGCUUUGUCUUCAUGUGACGUGGAGCUUCAAUUUGCAGCAAGUGCUGGCGGGAGACAGACGCAUAGCGGGCUCGAGGCAUAUUCGCGGAGAGCAGCUGAGGAUUGAGAUGGGGGGUGCUGUUGACCCCAAAUUGUUGACAGCUGCCGAGGCGCAUCGCAAAGGAGCUUGGAGCAUGUACACCCAUGCCUUUAACUCGAUAUCUGGUCCCGACGGCGUGGGGUCCCGAGCGGAUUGGGACGUUGUGAAAGGGGGAGCCGAUUCCGAGAAGGCUUACGAGG